CUCACGAAAGGUUUUGUAAGCUGUAUCUGUGGUUUAAACAAAACUUUUCGACAAGUACUUUUACGGGUUUGAAUUUGGGCGUAAUAUUAGGGUUUGAAGAUGUUUGGAAGAGCCGCGAAGAGGGUUAACGACACAAAGUACUAUGACGUUCUGGGUGUUUCAAAGAAUGCUACACAAGAUGAGUUGAAAAAGGCUUAUCGCAAGGCUGCUAUCAAGAAUCAUCCAGACAAAGGCGGUGAUUCUGAGAAGUUUAAGGAGAUUUCUCAGGCGUAUGAGGUUCUGAGUGACCCAGAGAAGCGGGAGAUAUAUGAUCAAUAUGGUGAAGAUGGACUCAAGGAAGGGAUGGGGGGUCCAGGGGAGAUGCAUGACCCUUUUGAAAUGUUCCACUCUUUCUUUGAUGGUGCAAUCCCAUCUGGUCGCGGUAAUGGUAGAGGACAGAGACAAAAGAGAGGAGAGGAUGUUGUGCAUUCCCUAAAUGUCUCUCUGGAGGAUUUAUAUAGGGGUACCUCAAAGAAGCUUUCGUUAUCGCGUAAUGUGAUUUGCAGUAAAUGCAAAGGUAAGGGAUCAAAAUCCGGGGCAUCCAUGAAGUGUUCCGGUUGCAAAGGAUCUGGUAUGAAGGUCUCUGUUAGUCAGUUUGGACCUGGUAUGUUUCAACAAAUGCAUCAUCCUUGUGAUGGUUGCAACGGAACAGGAGAGAGGAUUAAUGACAGGGAUCGGUGUGCUCAAUGCAAAGGAAAUAAGGUAGUUCAACAGAAAAAGGUUAAGAAUGUCAUUGUUGAUAAGGGUAUGCACAACGGGCAGAAGAUUACCUAUGCUGGUGAAGCUGAUGAAGCGCCUGAUACUGUUACAGGGGAUAUAGUAUGUGUAUUGAAGCAGAAAGAACAUCCUAAAUUUAAGAGAAAAGGUGAUGACCUAUUCGUGGAGCACACAUUGUCACUGACGGAAGCUUUAUGUGGCUACCAGUUUGUCUUGACUCAUCUGGAUGGCAGGCAUCUGCUAUUCAAGUCAAAUCCUGGAGAAGUAGUCAAGCCUGAUCAAUAUAAGGCCAUCAGUGAUGAGGGUAUGCCAGUGUACCAGAAUCCAGUCAUGAAGGGCCAGCUUUACAUCCACUUCAAAGUCGAAUUUCCUGAUUCUUUGAGCCCGGACCACCUGACGGCAUUAGAAGCUGUGCUCCCACCAAGGUCAAAACCACAGAUGACAGCCGUGGAGCUGGAUGAGUGUGAAGAGACGACAUUGCAUGACGUGGACAUGGAAGAGAUGAAAAGGAAGGAGGCCCAUGCACAACAGGAGGCGUAUGAUGAAGAUGAAGAGAUGCCUGGUGGAGCUCACAGAGUGCAAUGUGCCCAGCAGUAGGAAAAUAUGGAUUUCGGAGAGUUGAAAGUAAUAGUUUAGUUUCUGGUGUCAGAUUAUCUGAUGCUGGGAUAUAUAUGUACGGGGGUGGAGUAUAUGUUGUUAUAUAUGAGUUGUAUAUGGAUUUUACUGGGAAGACAGUUUCAAACUUUCUGCUUUGCAACUUUUAACUUGAGCGUCUGUUUUUAU